UCUCCGCAGUUCAGAUUGUACACUGUAAAACCAAAUUCGCUUGCAGAUAUGGUGACGACGCGCGCUUCAAAGAGAAGAAGGAAGAACCACAGCCAUCCUACGGAAGAAGACGAGGAGCAAGAGCAACCACCACCACAACCACAUGGAAUCAAAAAAUCUCCACAGGACUCUCCGGUUGUCGUGCUUGCUCACGGCGCCGGAGCUCCUUCCUCCUCCGAUUGGAUGAUUAGAUGGAAAGAUAUGCUGGCUAGGACACUAAAUGCCAUUGAAGUAGUGACCUUUGACUAUCCCUACAUUGCUGGAGGGAAGCGAAGGGCUCCUCCAAAGGCUGAAAAAUUGGUUGAUUUUCACUAUGACGUUGUCAGGAAGGUCAUGGCUACAUAUCCAGGGCAUCCACUAGUGUUGGCUGGGAAGUCCAUGGGGUCAAGGGUCUGCUGUAUGGUAGCCGGAGAAAAGAAUAUUUAUGCAUCAGCUGUAGUUUGUCUGGGAUAUCCAUUAAAGGGCAGGAAUGGUGCAUUGCGAGAUGAUACUCUACUACAACUUAAAGUCCCAGUGUUGUUUGUGCAGGGUAGCAGAGAUGGGCUGUGUCCACUGGAAAAGUUGGAAGGUGUAAGAAGGAAAAUGAAUUGCGCGAGUGCAAUGCAUGUGAUCGAAGGGGGUGAUCACUCAUUCAAAGUUUCCAAAAAGCAUCUUCAGAUUACAGGAUGCAAUCAAGAAGAAACAGAACAGCAAGCCGCAGAGGCUAUUGCUGCAUUUGUAUCACAACAUCUGAAAGAGAAGUGAUGUUUUGGUGCUGAAAUGUAGUAACUUUUGGUCCUAAGUUAGGUUUUCAUAAACUUCCAUAUUUUGUAAUUAUCAAAGUACAGUAUGAUGCUAGUCUUCUGCUGCCAUUUUUGGGAUUUUGGA